AUUUCUGCUUCGCUUCAUUUUUGUUCUCUACGCUUUGCGCAUUUCAAAAGUGACAAAAUGGCGAAUGAAGCAAGUAAAUUGCUCCUUUCUACACAACAAGAAAAACCAAAUCAUUACACGUACUUAAAAGAAUUUCGCGUCGAACAGUGUCAGUCUUUUCUGCAGCACAAAUGUAACCAACAUAGACCAUUUGUAUGCUUCAAUUGGCAUUUCCAAAACCAACGACGCCGUCGCCCUGUCCGUAAACGAGAUGGUACAUUCAAUUAUAGUGCAGAUAAUUAUUGCACCAAAUACGAUGAAACUACAGGCAUAUGUCCCGAUGGUGACGACUGCCCAUUUCUUCAUCGCACCGCGGGUGAUACUGAAAGACGAUACCAUUUGCGUUACUAUAAAACCUGUAUGUGUGUACAUGACACCGAUAGUCGUGGUUAUUGUGUUAAAAAUGGGCAUCACUGUGCUUUUGCGCAUGGCAUACAGGAUCAACGUCCACCAGUAUAUGAUAUUAAGGAACUGGAAUCGUUGCAGAAUGCAGAGCUGGCACUCGACGGUACAAAUGCACAAAAUGCACUAGAUAAAGAACGCAAUCUUAUGAAUGAGGAUCCCAAAUGGCAGGAUACUAAUUAUGUUUUGACGAAUUAUAAGACGGAACCAUGUAAACGUCCACCGCGACUUUGCCGUCAAGGUUACGCUUGUCCACAGUAUCACAAUAGUAAGGAUAAACGGCGAAGUCCACGCAAAUUUAAGUAUAGAUCCACACCAUGCCCCAAUGUUAAGCAUGGCGAGGAGUGGGGCGAGCCUGGUAAUUGUGAGGCUGGCGACAAUUGCCAAUAUUGUCACACACGUACCGAACAACAAUUUCAUCCGGAAAUUUACAAGUCAACUAAAUGUAAUGAUGUACAACAAGCUGGCUACUGCCCACGUAGCGUCUUUUGUGCUUUUGCACAUGUGGAACCUUGCCCUAUGGAUGAAUUGCGUGAGAAUGCGCUUUCUGCCAGUUUGGCCAAUUCUAGCUUAUUAUCACGUUCCUCGGCGCCAAUUAACAUUCCUAAUUCUACGCUAAACAACUCAAUGAACGGGGAGUAUUACAAUUCUGCCGGAUUUUCCGUCAACAUUCCAAGCAACUCGCUAACAUACAGCCCAACCAGUCAUAGCAACCUAUUCAGCGUAUCAGAUGCAUUUAACUAUAGCGGUUCAAAUACAAAUAAACUAAGUAAUUCACUCUCAGCGGCCACGCAAAAUGACAGUAGCAGCUUGUUUUUCCCGUCGCGCAUUAUAUCUCCAGGUUUUGCUGAUGGUUUAUCAAUAAGUCCCUCCGUUAGAAUUUCCGAAUUAAACUCAAUACGUGAUGACAUCAACAGCAGUUCCGUUGGAAAUAUGUUGUUUGAUAACACUAUGCCAACUACUAAAAAUGCAUUCUCACUGCAAUCACUACAAAAUCAAAAUAACUCUGAUGUUAAUCGUUUAUCUACUGAAUUAAUGACAAAAAAUUCCCAAAUUGUAAAACUAACGAAUCGAAUUGACGAGACCGCUAGAAAGUUAAAUUUAACGGAAUUGCAACGUGACAAAGCCAAGCAGGAGGCCAUUGAGUGGAAGGAGCGUUAUGAUUUGGCGCAAACGCAGCUGCAUUUGUCUACCGAACUACGCAAUUUAUCGAUACAAAAGCUGAAACAACUGCAGUCGAAAUUGCGCACAGAUUUAGAAGAGGUAGAAAAGGUUUUAUACUUGGAGAAUGCAAAGAAAUGCAUGAAAUGUGAGGAGAACAAUCGCACGGUCACCCUAGAACCAUGUAAUCAUUUUAUACUAUGUGAUUCAUGCGCCUGCUCUGUGACGGAAUGUCCAUACUGUCAGGUGUCCGUAGUCACAACACACACUUAAGUAAAGAAAAAAAUAAUAAUUAAUUACGGUUGAAUAACAAAAUGGCGUAGAGCAUUUAGUAUAAAGAAAUGUUUAGGUAUACUUUCUCCAAUCAAACUAUUUAUUAAAAAUGUAACAAAUGUUCUCAAAUAACAAAGUAUUGAACAAACAGAGCUGGUAAUAGGAGAAAUCAUUGAAAGAUAUGAAUUGAAAUUAAAAGUUAUGUAACGCGUACAUACUAACAUAAAUUGUGUUAUUCGCACAAUUAGCGAAUAAGUUUAGGUGUCAAAAAACAGUGAAAUUAUAUAUAUAUAUACACACAUAUAGAAAGAAUAUUUGAUGAAACUUUGAAAAUAGUUCUAUGCUAAUUUUCAGCAACACUAACUUCCAGUUAAAAAAUAAGCAAUUAAUCAAGAAGCAAUGAAAUAUAUUUCUUUUCCAUUAUUUUGCACUUAAAACAAAUAACUUAUCCAAAGCUUUUUUUUUUAAUUGCUAAAUAUCACAUAUUUUAUAACAUUUUUUUUUUAGCAUUUUUUCAAUUUCGUUUUCAAGGCAUUUGCAUAUUUGUAACAUGAUGUUUAGGUUAAUCAAAAUGUGUUUGUAUUUAUUUAAAAACUUAUGAAGUAAUAUGUUUUGUUUUGUUUUAAGCCGCCAGUAUAAUUACAUUUUGUAUUCGAAUUUUGUUUUUAAGCUCAUACACAUUACAAGACAAAAACAAAAAAUGUGACAACAAGAAAUAUGUAAAUGAAUUUACACAAAUCUACUAUUAUUUAUAAUUAAUUUACGCUAAAUUUUCAUUUAGGCAAAAAAAAAUGUGAAGUUGGUAUUCCACAUUCACUGACAUAGUAUUAAAUUUAGACUUUUACCAGUGCAUCCUUACAGCCGUUUACAUUAAUAUGUACUAAGUUAGGUUAUAUAACAAAGUUUUCUUUCUACACACAUUUUAGUAAUGCAGUUAUAACACUUGCAUUGUAGUGAUUUUUCAUGAUCAUUAAAACAUAAACAUAAUUUGUAUUAUUUAAAAAA